UGAGGGAAAUGGAAUAAAACGGCUCGGUAGCCGGACGGAGGUCGGAGUGGGGCUGUUUCUUUUCGGCGUGCAGCGGUGGGAGGAUAGCCCUCCUCAUCCUCCGACGAUUUCGACUGGCAAUAAAGCUGCUAAAAUGUCCAGUCAAAAAAAGUGUCCAGAUUGUGGCUCCCUGGAAAUUGUGGAGGAUUCUCACUACACUCAGAACCAGUUGGUGUGUGCAGAUUGUGGCUUUAUUCUAACUGAAGGACUCCUCACAACUACAUUUGCUGAUGAAGAACAUUUACAAGAAGUGACAUAUUCACGAAGUACUGGUCAAAGUGAGCAGCUGAGCCGCUGUUUGCAGCGAGGAAUUAGGCGUGUCCGGGAUCUCUGCAAAGUUCUCCGACUUCCUUCUCUGUUUGAAGAUACAGCUGUGUCUUAUUACCAACAGGCAAUCAAAUGCCCCUGCUUUGCUUUGGUCAGCUUGGAGAAGAAGGAGAUAAUUAUAGGUUGCUGUGUUUUUGUGACCUGCCGACAGCACAACUGGCCCCUGACAAUGAGCACUGUCUGCUUGCUACUUUAUGCGGACAAGGAGCUAUUUGCCAGAACCUACCUGCGUUUCUUGAAGGAACUAGCACUGGAUGUACCAACUCUGAGCUUGAUUGAUCUUGUGAAAACACACCUCAACAGUUUUAAGUUUUUCCAGGAAUCAUCCAGCAUCCCAGCCAAGUUUCUGGAAGAAAAGGAGAAGCUGUUGGCAAGGACAAUCCAGAUAGUGGAGCUUGCCAGUGAGACGUGGCUAGUGACUGGUCGGCACCCCAUCCCCAUUGUGAUGGCAGCAGCCUUCCUGGCAUGGCAGUCCUUGCAGCCUGUUGAUCGUCUCCCUUGCACUCUUACACAGUUUUGUAAGCUUGCUGGCAUGGAUAUGCCACGGCCAGCCCCCCAAAGACUGAAGGAACUGCAUAAUAUCCUCCUUCAGAUGGCCUCUCAACUGGGUUGGUUGCGAGGGCUCAAAGUGGACCGGAGGACUGUGUCCAAGUACAUUGGAGACUUGCUGCAACAUCGCCGUGUGCUUCUUCGGGCUGCUUUCUGUACGGUGGAUACCACAGAAGUCUACAAGCCAGAGAGCUCCACACCACCAUCAGCCCAGCAGCCCACAAAAGCAACUGUUGCUUUGACAGAAGAGGCUUCUGUUGCUGGGAAGAAGCGGACACCGUUGCUUCCACCUUGCAUCCUGUACCCAGCAAAGAAGCUCCGACCCAACAAUCCGGACCCUGAGGGCCCAACCAUCACAGGGGACGAGCCCAUUUUAGAUAGUGAGGUAGAACAAUACAUCCGGACUCCAGAGGAAAGGGAACUGUUCAGCAAAAUUCAAGCUCGCCUAUGCUAGUAAGCUAUUUAGUGAGCUAUAAAAGCCUGCAAUCAGUGACAACAUCGGUUGAGUUUCUUAUAUUUAUAGUUCAUAGUCCUAGACGUAUUUCUGUCUUGAGUUUAGAUGAAGGCAUGGUAUUCAGAUAAGGAGCUUUAGGAAAAGAACAACCCUGUAUCUUAAUAACCUUCUGCAAUCUAUUGCUUCAUAUGCAUUGGUUGGAGUUUCCUGGAUUAGCAUUACCAACAAAUGUAGAAGGUAUCAGAUUGGGGAAAGCAGUGGUAGAACAUCUGGUCUAAAGUCUUUCUCUAGAUGUUGAAAGAAAAAUAAUUUUUUGUUUUCUUAAAAGGCUGCUUUUUGGUCUAGAUGUGUGUUGGUGAAAUUAACGCUGAUGUGCUUCCACCACUUUUUCAGUCCUGGACAUCAGAAUUAUUUGGAUUUAAUCUUAUUACACUGAAGUUUAAUGAUCUGCAUCAAAAAUGCUCUUGGUUUAUUUUGAUUAUUCUGUUUUGAACUGGAUUGUCCUCUUUUCCAGUUAGAACAUUGUUUCGUAUAUUACUGUAGAGGUUUCCCAUAUUGCUCUGGUAACACUAAAGUAAACAUUAAUUUAACAUUCAAUGGGUUAAGUGGGCUUAGAGUUUGCAGUCAGUGACUGAUUUUGAAAACGACUCCAUUAGUAUUGUAGAAAAGGCCAUAUUGGAGUGAUUCCCAUACCUAGUCAUCUGCAGGGGGGCAAGAAGAAUAAGUAAGAUCAUGUGUGCCAUGACAUCAUCAUGCAAAUAGGCUAAUUGUCCCAUGUAUAAAUGGGAUGAAAUCAGCACAUCCCUUUAAAUCCCAUGGGUGAAACUCCACAAUCUUAUUCUUCAGCUUGUGUUUCUUCCCCUUGUUGUUUGGAUAGUACCUACAACCUUUCCUGUUUGACUUCUGCUAUAAAAAAAAAAGCUACAGUAGAAAGUUUGGAGAAGAACUGGCCCCACUGGGAUGACAGAUACCUUUUGAAUGGGUGCACAACUUGUACACUUCUAGCCCUCAUUAAUAGGUAGGUGGGGAAGCAGUUCAUCAAGACUGUGCAGGAGAUUCCUUAAUUUUCUCCCAUCCCUUUAGAUGAUCAACAUCUGAGAUGACCAAUUUAGUUGCUUGAAGAGCUGCUCACCCCCCCCCCCCCCCAUCUUUUAACUGCUAUGUAACUGACUCCCAUUGCUUGGAAUCAGUACAAGUUUGAUUUAUGACUGAUCAAAUAUUAAAGUGUGUGGGUUGGGUUGGCAAAGCACGGGUGGAACAUAAGAGCAAUACCUAGUUCUUUGGAUAUUGCAGUUCUUUUAAUAUAUUAAACAAGAAACAUCUGCUAAAAACAGUUCAUUUGUAUAAAAUGCAAACACACCAAAAAUGUAUUAAAUGCUUUCUUUGGCACAGCUGUCUCAAAGAGCUGUUUUUGAUAUGUCAUUUGCUCAAAAUGUAAACCAACAAAAGAAAGGGUCGUUACACAAAGUUUUCCCCAAUAAUAUUAUUUCAUUCUAGCAAGCAUAUAUAACACGUUCAGCAUUGCCAAUAUCAUGUGGGUUGUAAUAUUGCCAUAUAAAAUAGUUAAGGCUUUAUUAAGCAACAUACAUAUGAAAACCAAGGAGAAUGGGAAAAAUUGUCUUUUUCAAAUGAGAAGGAUUAAGUGCUUUUAUAAUUUUUCAUGGCUACGGCUUUCUACGCCAGCUCUCAGAAGUCUUAGGUGAUUCCCAAGGUUGACCUAAGGCUGGGUGGCUUGUGAAACCACCCAGCCUCUGCAGUUCUGUGGAGGUAGGUUUUCUAGAGGCAAGGAGGGUUGUGAAAGCCUGCCAAUCCCUUCUGCCCUUUAUCUUUUUAAACAGACAUGGUAUAAAUCAGUUUAAAUGAGUUAAUUAAGCAUUAUGGAGCAGUAAAAAUAAACACACAGAAACACAAAUGGGCAAAGAAGACAUUUGUGGUAUUUUUGCAUAGGACGACUGAAGGAAACGUUACCAUCUUGGAUCAAAAUGUUGUUACAAGUGCCGCCUUUUGGGGCAAAUGUAUUCACUAUAGAUAACUCUGUUCAACCCUGGAAGUAAAACUGGGUCAAUACUGGGGCUGUUGCAAGGGAGGCUUCUGGGAGUUACAGGAACAAUGGCCAAAGCCAUGAUUUUCCAUGGGACAUUGGGUGCUGUGACCUUGGUCUUGCAUUCUCUGCUUUAAAUAAGGAAUUUUGCAUCCCUCCAUUAUACUAUUCUUAAUAGCAGCCUCCUACGGGUAUCAUCUUAGUUCAUAAAUCCAAACAAAAAGUUCAUCAUGUUUGUCUCUGCAAACAAUAUAAGGCAAUGAUCCUAAAGAACUAAAGGAUUUAAACCAGUGCCAUCCCUCAGACCUGGUUGAAAUUUGUAGCAAGUUACCUUGUUAAAUUCUUCUUAAACAUGGGUGCAGUAUUUGUUCGAUCCCAGCCUUUUGCUUUUGAUUGUCCACCAAAUGUUCCUUGCUGUUUUGUUGGCUAGUACAUGAGAUAGUGGUACAAUUUACUUUGAAGGAUUGAUUUUAAAUGAGUAGCAUGCAUUUCUCUCCCCUUUUUACCCCAGUUGGGUAACAUGCAUUCUUCCAAAAAAACUUGGAAGUUCAGCUGUUCAUCAGUAAUCUUUUUUGCUGUUGUUGUUCCUUUUAAUUCCAAUGAACUGAUGUUAUCUCUCUGACAUGAACAGAAAAGUCUCCAGAGUGCAUUGUAUAAACAAAUAUGAUAUGCCCUAUUUCAUAGGCCAAACCCUUGUUAUGUGGUUCAUGCUAUCAAGAACAAGUAAGUGUACUUUAGAACUAGUUCUUUUGUAAAAAAAAGCACCAGCUUUUUACAUACGGGAAGGUUUGUUUGAUUAUAGCUGUGUUGACACAACAUGCUUAACUUCAUUAUUGAAGUAUUCAAUUCUCUGGAUUUUUGCAAUACAUAAAAAAAUAACCAAAUAACCUAACUGAAAUCAACAUUAAUGGGUGUGUGGAUGCUGCUAUAUUUGUGACAUUUAAAAAAAUACAGAAGGAGGGAGCGAAAGAGCUAGAUGUUUAAGACCAAGUGGAUUGGGGGAAAAUUAAUUUAACCUUUCCUGGCCUGGUACCCUCUAGAAACACUGAACUUCAACUAACAGAAUCUCAGAGCAGAAUCAUCUUUCUAUAGACUUUUGUUUUAAGGAAGCCAGGAAUGAAAGAGGAUAUCACAGCUGUUGUAGAAGAAGGAAUUUGUUGACCUGUACUGUUACCAUUUAGUAUGUUCACCAAUUCCUCCAAAGAAAGGGGUAAUGUCCUUUUGGGAUUAGAUUUCUUUUUGUCUCUUGUUUUCUUUAAAAAAAAAAAAAAAAAAA